GAACCACCAGGGUGCUGCUCUCUGGAGGUUGAUCUUUACACUCAUCCUUGUCAUUUUCUCCAUUCAAACCCACCUACUCCUUCCCACUUCGCAACCACCAGGCACUCUCAUUCUUGCUCUCCCCUAUCCACUUUAUCAGUUCAUGUAUGCCUGAGUUCAAGAUCUCCGCUUCUCUGGAGGGCCACGGCGAUGAUGUUCGCGCUGUGGUCUUUCCUCACCCAAAUGCCGUCUUCUCAGCGUCUCGCGAUGCCACAGUGCGACUAUGGAAACUAGUCUCUACCCCGCCUCCGACGUAUGACUACAACAUCACUUGUCAUGGCUCAGCCUUCAUCAACGCCCUAGCAUACUAUCCCCCAACACUCGACUUCCCCGAUGGCCUGGUCCUCUCCGGCGGACAAGAUACAAUCAUCGAGGCGAGACAACCCGGUAAAGCCGCUGAUGACAAUGCGGACGCUAUGCUUCUUGGCCAUGCACACAACGUGUGUGCGCUGGACGUCUCACAUGAGGGUGGAUGGGUAGUAAGUGGAAGCUGGGACUCUACCGCUCGGCUCUGGAAAAUUGGCAAAUGGGAAUGUGAUCUCGUGCUGGACGGUCAUCAAGGAAGUGUUUGGACGGUGCUCGCUUACGAUAAGGAUACUAUCAUCACUGGUUGCGCGGAUAAGAUGAUCCGUAUUUUCAACACCUCAGGGAAACUCCUGAAAACAAUCAAGGACUCUCAAGAUGUUGUUCGGGCUUUGUGCAAGGUCCCUGCUUCCCACCCUUCUGGUGCGCACUUCGCUUCUGCAAGCAACGAUGGUUUGAUUCGACUCUACACCAUCCAAGGACAACUUGUUGGAGAACUUCAUGGGCACGAAAGUUUCAUCUACUCAUUGGCCGCCUUGCCUUCGGGUGAGUUGGUCAGCGCUGGUGAAGACAGAACGGUCAGAGUGUGGGACGGCAUGCAGUGCGUGCAAACGAUAACACAUCCCGCGAUUUCGGUGUGGAGCGUGGCUGCUUGUCAGGAGACCGGGGAUAUUAUCACAGGCGCCAGUGAUCGAGUCACUCGCAUCUUCACCAGGAGUGAGGACCGGGUCGCUAGUGCUGAGGUGAUACAACAGUUCGAAAGGACAGUCAAAGAGUCUGCAAUCCCUGAACAGCAAGUCGGCAAAAUCAACAAGGAGCAACUUCCUGGUCCCGAGUUCCUGAAGCAGAAGUCGGGCACCAAGGAUGGACAGGUACAGAUGAUUCGUGAGACGGAUGGUAGCAUCACUGCUCACACAUGGUCCAUGGCAUCCCGAGAAUGGAUUGCAGUUGGCACGGUGGUUGAUUCCGCUGCCAGCAGUGGAAGGAAAAUUGAGUAUCUGGGACAGGAUUACGACUAUGUCUUCGAUGUCGACGUGGAGGACGGCAAGCCGCCUCUCAAAUUGCCAUACAACGUCUCUCAGAACCCCUACGAAGCAGCAACGAAAUUCAUUCAGGACAACGAAUUGUCCAUGAAUUACCUGGAUCAAGUUGCGCAGUUUAUUGUUCAGAACAGUCAGGGUGCCAGCCUUGGCCAGUCUACCCAAGGCCCGACACCUUCUGGUGCCGACCCCUGGGGGCAAGAAAGGCGUUACCGUCCUGGAGACGGUCAAGAAUCACAACCAGCCCAGCCUGCGCCAGCUCCAGAGCCCCGUCCCAAAGUCCUCCCUCAGAAGCAAUAUUUGUCAAUCAAGUCCGCCAACCUUAAAGUGAUCGCGAAGAAACUCCAAGAGCUAAACGAGCAGCUUGUGACGUCUGGAUCAAAAGAACUGUCUUUGAGUCCAUCGGAACUCGAAACUGUGGUUUCUCUCUGCACCCAGCUAGAAUCGUCAAGCUUGAACGAUUCGCCCAUUGCAGGUACCGGUGUCGUUUUACUAUACAAAGUCGCAACUCUCUGGCCUGCUUCCAGUAGACUCCCUGGUCUGGAUCUCCUCCGACUGUUGGCGGCUGCUACUCCCGUGGUUGCAACUGCAGACUACGAUGGUAAGGACCUAAUCUCCGGGCUCCUUUCUAGCGGCGUAUUCAACUCUCCGUUGAAUGUCAACAAUGCAAUGCUAUCGGUCCGAAUGCUGGCGAACCUUUUCGAAACAGAAGCUGGUCGCAAUCUAGCUAUGAGCCGGUUCGAUGAGACAUUGCCAGCAAUCAAGUCAGCCUUGUCCAACAGCGGAACAACGCCGAACCGAAAUUUGACCAUUGCUGUCGCAACCCUCUAUAUCAACGUCGCAGUGUACCUGACUUCGGGAGGCAACGAAUCAGCCCCGGAGUCGUCGGAGAGGGGACUGGUGCUUCUUGCAGAGCUCACGCAGAUGCUGCAGGGCGAGAAGGACUCAGAGGCAGUCUAUCGCAGCCUUGUUGCAGUCGGCACGUUGGUCAAAGCACUAGGUGAGGAGGUCAAGGCUGCAGCAAAGGAGGUCUAUGAUGUUAAUGCUCUUCUCAAUACGAUCUCGAGCUCCAGUCUCGGGAAGGAGCCGAGAACAAAGGGCAUCAUCAGUGAGAUUAAGGAGGCGCUGUCGUAGACUGCGCGUUUGCUCGUAGGGCCUGUCACGGGCUUAGAUAGGGUGGUUCUACUAUUUUAGACCCUCCAAGGAUUAUAAAUAUUGGCUAACGAUAGCGAAGCACACUUGCAUGGAAUCAACAUCGACUGACUAGCUGUCAUUCACCAGAGUACAUACAUGACUUCUUCAUUUCCUCCC